AUGUCCCUGGUGUCCUGUUGUGUCCCGCUAUAUCCUGCCAACUACACCAAAAUGUCGCAACCCGUCGGGCUCCUACGGCCCUGGUCUCGGUUAGCGCAGGAAGUGAACGCAUUUAAUGCCACCACCCUCCUCCCACCCCCUCCAUCUCUCGCACGAUGUCCCCACCCAGUAGAAAGCGAGAGUUCCCCCAAGGAGUGGGUCCAAGGACGAGGGUACGCGGCGUCCUCUCAGGUCAGUGCAGGCCUGCUCCCUGUGGGCCACGUGGAAGGCAAUGACGUCGGUCGACACGCCCUGACCAUGCCGGGCAACAAGAGCCGUUGAGGGCGGUCCGGUCAUCAUCGGAGUCGCCACCGCUGGCGCUCAGCCAAAGCCCAGCUGACGUUCUCAGUGAGCCAGAUGGAGCGCCUUCUGCAGAAGGGCCACUAUUCCCAGCGGCUGAGCGCCUCUGCUCGGGUUUUCAUCACUGCCAUCAUCCAGUACCUGACAGCCAAGGUUCUGGAGCUGGCGGGCAACGAGGCCCAGACUAAGAACUACGGCCGGAGGCGCAUCACCUCGGAGCUGGUGGACAUGGCGGUCCACAACAACUCUCUGCUCAGCGGCUUGUUCGGGAGCACCACCAUCUCUCAGGUCGCCCCGGGGCAGUAG